AUCAGAAUCAAUUUAUGUAGUACGGUACGCUACCGACUAGCAACAAGGACGUAUUACUUGUACCCCACCUCGACCCAGGAUGUUCAAAGAGUUAACAGCAGAGAAAGUCAAAAGCAUACAACAUCGAGGAAGUUGCGUGGACCAAAAUUGACAUCAGUUUUCAAGGCACAGGGACACACAACCCACUAGUGAUCUAGGGAAGAAAAGAAGAUUGAAACAGCUCGAUUAGCAUAUAGCACCCCCUUUCAAAAAUGACAAGCCGAGCAGUCAGGAUAUCGCCUCCMUCAUCAGCGGCGUUUUUAUGUUAUUUCUUGGCAGCAGUGAUGAUGGGAGCACCUUUGGUCCAAGGUAGUAUUGCGACACAGCGUUCGUUUUUGUCACCAAAGGUUGCUACAUCGAUUGCCGGAUUUGGCAUUCGUCAACGAAAAAACAAUGGAGAUCACGUUGCGCUCCUCACCUCUGUGAGAGGGGGCAGCAGCACAGUAGAAGAAAUGGCCGACGAAGAUGACGAGGACGAGGACGAGGACAUCGAUGAGGUGGAAUCCAGUGAAGACGAAGAGGAUUCUGAUGUCAAAAAGGUUCCAUCAAUUGUAUCUAAGGAACCUGUGCGUUUGAUUCUUUCGACCAACUGGGGAAAUGCCGUUAUUGACCAGACGGUGGAAUUGACGCCGGCGCGAACCAGAGACAUAGGGACGAUCAAGAAGUCGCUCUCYAAGCAGCUUCCCGGUCGACCCCCUAUUGUAGCUUUGGAGAUUGUUUAUGAGGGCCGUGUUUUGGACGACGAUACACUUGUGGACGAACUCUUUGAAGACGAAGAGGACGAAGACGAAGAUGAGGACGAGGACGAAGUUGAGGAAGGCAACGAACCAAGCCGAAAAUUGACCCUUAACAUUCUACCACCCGUCGACCCAAAAUUUGCCACGGAACUAGUUCCUAAACUUAUGUCUUACAGCGGCGAUGAUGAUUACGAAACGGAUACCGCGGCCACCGUUGGAGACRGCGAUUCAUUGACAACCGACGAAUUGGUUGAUGCUUAUUACUUGAAUCAAGUAGCAAUGAUGAGAAAUGCGCAGCUCCUUGCCGAUCCAAACACACCCUCUUCUCCAUUCAUGAGGAUGGAAUUGCAAGACCAGGCAAGGGAGUUGAGAGAACAGCUUCAAUCCGAAACACCCGUUGAGAUUUGGGAGAAAUGCAUGACAGAACCCACAAAGGGUGGAAGUGGUUCUCAAGUAGAAUGGAGAGGACAAAGGUAUCGAAGUAGUAAAGGAGGGGUUACAACACAAUUGAAAACGACAAUUCAAACUAAUUUAAACGUGGUACGUAGAUGGCGAUUUUCUUGCACUCGGACUGAAGGAAUCAGAACCUUUCAAGGAGCGGGAUGUUUCAGAURUACGCUGUUCUUUCUAAUUUUUYAUGYUCCAUCUUAUUCUGUUCCUAAACAAURACACAACAACGACGAAAAAAGAAUUGGGAGGAGGCUAUCAAGUACUCUCUACUCUUUUUGUUCUUGGGUUACUUUGGUGGCAGAAAUAGUUUUUCGCGUCAUCUUCUGUUUUGGGGUGCACCUCUUUCUUUUGGUCUGCAAGCAAGGCCGGUCAAAAUGUUGUUUAAGACAAUCUUUUACAUGAUGUCAAAUCCGCCUUUGAUUUUACUGAGCUUUCUCCCGGCACCCCAGCAAGCCAUUUUGAGCAUGGACUUGGAAAAAUCGGUCAUUGCGCUGUAUGGCGAGGAUGGAGCAAAAACGAUCUGUCCUACGGUGUUAUCGGAAACGGAAGAAGCAGAUGCUGUGACACGAACCGUAUCCGCUGAAGACGAAGACGAUUCAGAGGACGACGAUAGCGAUGUCGAAGACACCGACUUAGAGGACGACGAAGAUGAAUACGAUUCGGAAGACCAGUACGAUGACGAAGAAGAAUAAUUUUAUUUUUUAAAUUAUCGCACAUGUAGAUAGAAUACUUUAACCAGUGCAUUUAUAACAGAACACUCUAUUUCUGCACUUCUACUUGCUUGCAUUUCAAGUCGUUGGGUGACGACCGCAUUGACUUAAACCAUAAAAGGAUUUGCAAGC